AUCUGGCCAUCGCGACGAGAUCCCUUGAUGCAGCCAAAACCUUGCUACGGUCUUCCUCCUGGGAGAAGGCUUCUCCAGCAUCUUACGCAGGCCCUGACAAGAAAACAGCAUUGCAUGCAACAGUCCUUCUGAGUCGAGGUAAUCGAGCGCUAGACUUAUAUAUUGUUCCCACUCUUUUCUUCUUUUUUUUUUUUUUUUUUUUGAAGAAAAAGUGAGUAGAUCAGUACCAUUUAGAAGUGUGAAACCACCGUUUCAUUUGUUAAAUGAUCAUAAUAUAAAAGAAAUAAGAAAGCUAUAUCAAAUAAUGCAGCAAAACAAGGCCAUUCGGGAGCGUACAGGCAACCACUGUACACACCUAGUAAAAUAGAUUAACAUUACCUCCAGAAAAAUUAAUGAAACAAAGAAAAAAAAAACACGGCCACCUAGGAAUCUUUCCCUCAACCUCAGAAGAUCCAGAAAGUGGGAAUUAAGCAACUAGGAACCGCAAUUAUUCACUGGGAAGAACCCAGGCCUUAAGAGAUUGGCCUUUGUUUUUUUUUUAUGUUAAGGGAGGCAAGAUUGUCAACCGACUUUUAUUGAAAUUAAGGGAUCGUCCCAAAAAAUAAAGUAGCCGGGAUGUUGUCGGGGCAGACGUGAUCGAGUGGAUCAGCUGGGCCUCUUCUCUGCUGGUGUUGUGCCUGCCUAUUUAGGCUUAUUAAUGUUCAGUUGGGAAGUUUCCUUGAUGGUCCCCAUGUGUAACUUCUCUCGUAACAAACAACAAACUUUGAUUUUUCUUCUUUUAGUGUUCUUGUGAUGAUUCACCAUCUGACUAAAUAUCUUAAUGGAUGUAUUAAGCAGAGUAUAAAGCAAGCAUAUGCAUGGAAGACAAUGCUCCGUCUUUUAAUUUGUGAAAGCACCAUGAACAUUGUAUAACACAAGUACUCACGAUACCUUACAUUAUACUUACGUGAUAGAAAUUACUAAAGACAUAUUGCAGCGGAAGCCGAUGCUCGCCAAAGGUGUCGAUUCCUCUGGAAGAAUUCCUCUUCAUUAUGCAGCUUUAUAUGGUCAUCAUGAUACGGUGAAGCUAUUAUUGAAGCACGAUCCCUCUACAGCCUACCAACCAGAUGCCAAUGGCUCAUUUCCCAUACACAUUGCAGCUAGUAGGGGAAACGUUCCUAUAAUUGAUCAGAUUUUAAAACAGUGCCCGGGUACAGAUGAAUUAUUAGACGAAUGGGGUAGGAAUUUUCUUCACGUUGCUUUCAAAAGGGGAAAGUUAGAUGUGGUGAAGAAAAUUAUCUCCAAGAGACCGGACCUCAGGAAGCUGUUAAAUGACGAGGAUAAUGCACACAGCUAUGAAGAUACCAGCUGCCUCCUUUCAGUUACAUUGGAGGGGAACACGGUCCUCCAUAUAGUUGCUAACCGAGGACAUCUCGAGAUUGCCAAGAAGAUUUGUCGUAAAGAGAUCUCUCUCUUGGUAGCAGCAAACACGAGACUCGACACUCCAUUAUAUUGCGCUGCAAGGGCUGGAGAUGACAAGAUGGUCUCCCUCAUCAUCCAGUUUGCAAGGGAGGGCGAGAUCGAAAAAAAAAGAGUCCUGAGGGCCAAGAAUAGGGAUGAGGCAAAUGCUUUGCACGAGGCUGCCAAAUAUAACCAUAGGAGUGUGGCCAAAGUAUUGAUGGAGGAAGAUGCUGGACUAGCGUCAAUGCCAAAUAGUAUUGGCAUGUCUCCACUCUAUCUGGCCAUUGCGGCAGGAUCCCUCGAUGUAGCCAAAGCCUUGCUACGGUCUUCCUCCUCGGAGAAGGCUUCUCCAGCAUCUUACGGAGGCCCUAACAAGAAAACGGCGUUGCAUGCAGCUGUCCUUCUGAGUCGAGAAAUUACUGAAGACAUAUUGCAAUGGAAACCGAUGCUCGCCAAAGGUGUGGAUUGCUCAGGAAGAAUUCCUCUUCAUUAUGUAGCUUCAGAUGGUCAUCAUGAUAUGGCGAAGCUAUUAUUAAAGCACGACCCUUCUACAGCCUUCCUUUCAGAUGCCAAUGGCUUAUUUCCCAUCCACAUUGCAGCUAUGAUGGGCAACAUUACUAUAGUUGAUCAGAUUUUAAAACAGUGUCCGGAUGCAGACGAAUUAUUAGACCAGGACGGAAAAAAUUUUCUUCAUGUCGCUUUCGAAAGUGGAAAGUUAGAUGUGGUCAGAAAAAUUAUCUCCAAGAGACCGGAUCUCAAGAAGCUGUUAAAUGACCAGGAUAACAAGGGAAAUACGCCGUUACACACGGCUGUUAAAUACAAUGACCAAGGGAGCGUGCAUUUUCUUCUCCGGGACAAAACCGUAUGCAUCAACGUUAUCAACCACGACGGCUUCACCCCUCUCGACUUGGCUUACAGUAUGUCGGUUGAAGACCAGCAAUUCCAGAGGAAUGCAGCAGAAGUUUCAUAUAUUGCUUCGUGCUUGGCUUUUACAAAGGCUGUGUCUGGUCCACGAGAAUUGCAUGAUUCAGAAAGCGGUAAAUUAUCCACUGGUGAGACCAAAGAGAAACUGUCCGGCGAUGAUAAGUUCAAAAAAUUGCCACGGAUAGAGGUGGAUUUCGGCAGAGAUUACGUGCUUGUUUCGUUGUUGAUUGCUACGGUGACAUUUGCCGCUGGUUUCACCGUCCCCGGGGGGUACGUAGCCGAUGAUCAUCCAGGCCGUGGCACAGCAGUUCUAGCAAAAGAGUAUGCCUUCAAGGUAUUCCUAGUCUCAGAUGCCACCGCGUUGGUCUGCUCCCUCGUAGCCACAUCCUGGCUCAUAAUUGCAGGAAUGUCGACAACUAAUAUAGAUACUCGAAGACGAGCCAAUUUGGGGGCUAUAAAUUGUCUACGGGUGGCAUCUUUGGGCAUGUCCGCUGCAUUCGCGAUGGGUAUAUGCGUAAUGUUGCCUCCCAGCUGCAAGCGAGUCAGCAUUCUUUUAUGCUUCAUUGUUCUCGGAUUCCCUCUUUUACAUGGUUUGGUGAGUAAUUAUGACUCCCGUAGUUUUCUGAAAACAAUGAGCAUCAGGCAAGAGUAUAGAGAAUGUAUUUGUCCAACCAGACACCCGCAUGAUAAGAAACGUCUUGGUUUGCCGUGGCCCGGUGGACGUGCCAUUUGGCUGCCGCUUACGAGAUUGGGCACUUAUGCGAUCUUUUUCCUGUUAGCGAUGCUCUAGGUGUCUAAAAAUCGAAGCAGCAGUUGUCAGCAUGCAUGGCUGAUAGAAGUCCAAAGAUAGCUUGUGCAUUGCAUUGGGAGUAAUAUUUUAAUUAUUUUUUAUUUUUCACUGCAAUAUUUUCUGUCUCUAUGCCAAAAAUAUUAGCUUUUAUGGACGUGGCAAUAAAAUGUUUGUUCUUUUGCUCUCUUGUAAAUAGAAUGGAAAAGAAAAUUCUCUCUUUUUUCAGCCUU